UCUGGAUUCUUCCCCAGUGGAUAUGACUCCUGUCCUGUAGCUUUCUGAAGGAUUGAUGUUGAACAUUAUUAGUGAAACUCAGCUUCCACCUGACUGUACACCACAGCAAAAGCUUUGGAUAUCUUUUUCAGUUAAGACAAUAAUGACUUUCUUGGAAUGUAUUUCCAGUGGAGCCUGUUUUCUGUGUAGCUUGGAAGAAUAUCUAACUAACACUGGCGAUUCUUCAAAUACUUUAUAAAAACCACUCUAUAUCAAAUAACUGAGUGACUUUGAAUUGUUGAAGGGGACCUUAAAAAUUGGGAAUAUCAAUUCACCUGGAAGAUUAGACCACUGCUAUUCAGAGCUGCUGCUGAAAUACCAUGUCUAAGAGCUCGGAGUUCAUUAAUCUCUCAUUUUUAUUAGAUCAUGAGAAGGAAAUGAUCCUAGGAGUCUUAAAGAGAGAUGAAUAUUUGAAAAAAGUGGAGGACAAGAGAAUAAGGAAGCUGAAAAACGAACUCUUAGAAGCAAAACGUAGAAGUGGGAAGACUCAACAAGAGACCAGCAGAGUCUGUGUUCACUGUCAGAGAAACCUGGGUUUAAUAUUUGACCGGGGAAACCCAUGUCAGGCCUGCUCACUGAGAGUCUGCAGCGAGUGUCGGGUCUCGGGCCUUGAUGGCAGCUGGAAGUGCACUGUCUGUGCCAAAAUCGCGCAGCUAAGGAUUGUAACUGGUGAAUGGUUUUUUGAAGAAAAGGCGAAACGUUUCAAGCAAGCCAAUGUUCUGGGCACUGAUGUUGUCCGGCAGUCCAUCUUAAGAAGAAGUCCAGAAGCUGAAGAAAUACAAAGCCAAGAGAAAAACCACCAGGAUUCAGAAAAGUCUAACACUUCACCUUCUGCUGGGCAGAAGGCCAGCCAUGAUGGGCCCAAGAAAAAGGGAUUUCUUCUUAGCAGGUUCAGAUCAGCAACCAGAGGAGAAAUCAUCAUAACUCCAAAAACUGAAAGUGGGAGGAGCUACAGUGUGGACUUAGAUAGCCAAAAUUUUCGGCGUUUAAAGUCAGCCCCCAGUUCAGACAGAGGAAGCACUGGUUCAUCAGAUCUUAAUGACCAGGAAGUUGGUCCUGGGACCAUGAAGAGCAGCCAGAGCAGUGGUAUGACCCCAGUUACUCAGAGGUCACCAGCCCCAAGCACACGCAGCUUGACUCCAGUCAGCAGUAGAGAGCAUGGUUUUGAAAAUUCUUUGGAUUGGGCUGCCAUUGAAGGAAUCUCUGAGGAUUUCACAAAGAAUCAUCGCAGAAACACUUCUGGCACACCUUCCAUAGCAGUCUCGGGGACUUCCCACUCCUCAGAUCGGAGUCAAUCUGAGUUAGAUUUGAGUGGGUCAUUUACAGAAGACUUAGAGGAUACUGUAAAUUUAAGAAGCAAGUCUGUCCCUGGGGCUUUAGACAAAGACUUGGACUCCUUGGAAGAGACUGAAGAAGGCAUUGAUGACUUAGUGUCCUCCAGGUUUUCUGCAAACACCCACAGCCUAGCAAGUGGCCCGUCAAUAAAUUCUCAAGCAGGCUCUGACAGGAAAUGGACCUACCUAAAUGUGCCCGAUGCUGACUUAGACACUACCAGCCUUAACAGCAUGAUGAGUGUUUACAGUGAAACAGGAGACUAUGGCAACGUGAAGGUCAGUGGUGAAAUCCUUCUCCACAUCAGCUACUGCUACAAAACCGGCGGGCUCUACAUUUUUGUCAAGAAUUGCAGAAAUCUGGCCAUAGGAGAUGAAAAGAAACAGAGGACUGAUGCUUAUGUCAAGUCAUACCUUCUUCCUGACAAGUCUAGAAACAAUAAGCGCAAGACCAAAAUCAGAACAGGCACCAAUCCAGAAUUCAAUGAAACACUAAAGUAUACUAUCAGCCAUACCCAGCUGGAAACAAGAACGCUGCAGCUCUCAGUCUGGCAUUAUGAUCGAUUUGGACAUAAUAGCUUCCUCGGGGAGGUGGAGAUUCCUUUUGACUCAUGGAACUUUGAAAAUCCAAGUGAUGAGUGGUUUGUACUUCAACCCAAGGUGGAAUUAUCUGCUGACAUUGGCCUUCAAUACAAAGGAGAGCUGACAGUUGUUUUACGUUACAUUCCUCCAGAUGACAACCUGAUGCUUCCACCAGGACAACUUCAAGGAAAGAAGACCUUUAAAAGGGGAAAGAAGGAGCCACCUGUACUCUCUGGAGGAAUACUAGAAGUGUUCAUCAAAGAGGCAAAGAAUUUAACAGCGGUGAAGUCAGGAGGCACUUCUGAUAGCUUUGUGAAGGGCUACCUGCUCCCUGAUGAUAGCAAAGCCACCAAGCACAAAACUCUGGUCAUAAAAAAGAGUGUUAACCCUCAGUGGAAUCAUACAUUCACGUUCAGUGGUCUGCAUCCCCAGGAUAUAAAGAAUGUUUGCCUAGAACUUACCAUCUGGGACAAGGAGGCCUUUUCCAGCAAUAUCUUUCUGGGAGGAGUUCGUUUGAAUUCUGGAAGCGGUGUGAGCCAUGGGAAGGCUGUGGAUUGGAUGGACUCACAGGGAGAAGAGCAACGCCUUUGGCAGAAGAUGGCCAACAAUCCUGGGAUUCCUGUGGAGGGCAUACUCAUGCUCCGUUCCAGUAUGGGGAAGCGUCGGCUUUGAAGGUUUCUAUCUGGUGGGGAAGGAGAAAGCAGUGGAAGAAAUAAGGGAAAACCUCACUUUUAGAACCAAAGUGGAUUGAAAUAUCAAGUCCCAGAAGCAUCUCAACGUGAAAGCCUACAGCAUUUUGGGUUGUGAUCAAUGUUGUUUUUUCUUCUAUGUAGAUAUUUCCCAUUAAACUGAACAUUGCCUUUAGAAGUUGGCAGAAGGGUUUUCCUCCUACAAUGGUGUCAUUUAUGUGCUCUGAAAUUAAAGAAAAGAAAUAGGGGGAGGAAGUCUGCAUGGGCAAAACUGUAACAAAAAUUGGAUCUGCAAGAUUUAAACCGUAGUAAUGGAAACUGGGCCACAACAAGAAUUCCAAAGGAUCCAAACCUACUAAAUAAAAUCUUCAGGAAUCUCCAUCAUUUUUAUCAAGCAUCUCGGAUGAUUUUAAUACAAGUGGAUCACAGUUUGAGAAACACCGCAUUAGAGGACAAAUUAUCUUUACUAUAUUAUUUGGACCAACUCUACAUCAUUAUGGCAGAUUGGGUUUGACUGACCUGGACAUUAUUAAUGGCAAGGCAACCAUGAUGAGGUGGAAGAAAGCUUAACCUUGGACUCAGAUGACAUCAGUUCAAGUCUUGACUAUUUACCAACCGUGUGACCUCAGUCAAGUUAAUUAUCUGACCUAGGCCUUCAGCUAUUUGCAUGUAAAACAUGAAUAAUCAGGCUGCCUUGAAGUAAUUGAAGAUACCAAAUGAGGUAAUAUAUGUAAAUAUGCUCUGUAAAUUUUAAGCCACUAUGGAAAAAAUGGUCAUUACUGAUGAGCUAGUUAUAGCACUCUGUGAUUACUCUCUUAAGUCUCUCUUUUCCUGGAUGUUUGGUUAGAUGUUAAGUGUUCUAUAUACAAUGAAUUGGUCUCAAGUGUACAGCAAAAAUACCCCCAAAAAAUUAUUUUGUGCUGUUACUCACUGUGGGUGUUAGUCAUUUAUUUGUUUUCAAGGUGUAGGUCAUUUAUUUAUUUGAAGUAGGAAUUUCCUACUUCAUCUGAUUAGAUAAUAAAUAUUACAAAAAGUAAUUAAUUUUAUGGAAAAAAAUAGUGUGGUCAGUUUUUGUUAACAAGUUGUGUAAUCUGCAAGCAAACCAUCUUUCUCCCUCUCCCCUUAACACCCUCUUCCAAUGUGAUGUCCAUCUCUUUCUAUGACCUAUGUCUGGGAGAUCAUGUCUGGGAGAUCACUCUGCCUUCUUUACAGGGGUGUUGUUCAGAAUCAUGCCUUUUUAUCUACAGAAGGAAAUUUAGCAAUCUGUCAAAACAGAUUCCACAGAAAUACAAACUACUGUUGUCACUAUGAGGAGUGCAUAGUGUUUCAGAGACUAUCAGUUGUAUUUAACUUACCUCAGUAGAAUCCAUCAAAAUAUUCUGGUAGAGGGUUCCUUUCAUAUUUGGAAAAGGGGAGUAGAAUAUAUAGCUAGUAUUGCCUAUAAAUAACAAAACACUCAUAUAGAGUAGGAAAACCUACUUUUCUCUCCACUUUUUCUGUACAAGAAGAGAUUUUUCUUUAUUUAGCUUUUUUUUCCCCCCUCUGAAUGAGGCAGAAAUUAAUACAACAAGCAAACAAAAUAUUUCAUUAUAAUAGUUAAAGCAAAAGUUUAAAUCAUUGGCAUUUGCUGAGGAAAAAAAAUAAAGUCUCCUGAAAGAUGGAUAGACCAAAACUAGGUAUGUGUUUGAAUCCAAUUAUUUUACUUUUAUCCCUUUAUUGUUAAAUCUAUUUACUUUGGGGAAAGAAUAUGAUCGAGCCUUUCAAGAUUUUUUUUUCUGCUUAGCCAACGGUUUAUUUUUUCAGAAAGUUGAAACUUCUUUGUGCAAAUCCAUGGGAAUUGAUGAGUAUUUACAAUAAAACUUGUUUUUAAAUCGUUCUCAUUUGGAAACAAGGAAAGUAUCCAUUCCAUUACAAAACAGUUGUCAAUUGUUUAUGGUUGAACUACAGUUAGAGUGAUUGGUGGUUGGGAAUAUAUUUUAUUUUUAGUCCUUUCCUAGUAUUCAUUAUUCAUAAAUGGACAUUUUUGAAGAGAGAUUAUUAGUUUUCAGAUGAUGUGAAGAAAGAGAAAUGAAGAUUCUCUUGAAUCUUCUUGCUUUUGACCUUCUUCGCCAAUUUCAAUUAAUUUGUCCUCCUUAAUUCCUGACAGGUGGGGUGCACACCAGAACCAUGGGGGAAUGCCCUUAAUGUUUUUUCCACAUGGAUUAAUGGAAAUAUUACCAAUUUUUACCUCUUUUCUGUCACCUUCGAAGUCAGCUCUGUUAAAGUUAUUUGCUUACAAAGCAUCUGAAUGCACAGAGCCAGGUUCUGGUUGGGGUUAGGGGGGGCUGCCCUGGCCCUUCCCCAGGCGCCAAAUUAUAAGGGGUACUAAGCAUUCCUGAGAAGGUAAUGAGGUGGAGAACUCCUCUCAAGAAGAGUCUAAUAUUAGCAGGAAGAAAUAAUGUCUGCUUGAGUAGAUAAGUGAGGAGGAAACCCCAUGCCUAAAGAGCAAUUCGCAAUUAAUAAAUUCUGAAAAAUACAGGUCUGGUUAGAGGCAGGCCUGUUGUUUUGUUGAAUGGGGUAUACAAUUUGGGCCAAGCGUGAACUGUUAAGUACAUAGGAAAAAAGUGGUUUGUCUCCAUUGGGGAUUUCCUUUGUAUCCCUUCUACCAGGAAGGUGUUCCUCAGAAUAAAUGUUGUACAUAUAAAUAUUUCAAGAACAUGUGAGGAGCAUCACAUCAUCAGAAUAAAAAUUGGCCCAACUCUGAAUGCACUCAGUCUCCAUUCCUGGAUUGAGAGUAGUUGUCAUGGGCAGGCUGCUUUUGUUCUGGGCCUGAAGAUGAGUCCAAGGGUGGAGCGGGCUAGAGAAGGAAAACACUCUUUCAAUAUCCUAAGAACAGUUAAGAAUCACUAAUUCCCUGGAACAUUAGAAUGGGGCUCUCCUGGGAAGAAAUAACAGGAGUAAUUUUCCAAACUCUGUCAAAGGCUGGGUCACUUACACAUGAGUAUGUUCAUUUCUGCUUUGUUCCUGGUACCUACCUGUCUCGGAUGCCAAUUUAUUCUUCUAAACUCCUUUUCUGAUAAGAAGGUGGUUUCUGUGUUUCAUUGGUUUUAUAUAUUUUUUAUUUUAAAAAAACAUAUCUUUAUUGUUGAAAGUAUUACAGCUGUCCCCCCCUUUUUCCCCAUUGACCCCUUCUACCCCACACCCACACACCCCUGCCCCACUUUAUUUCUUAGAGUAGCGUUAGGUUUAUGGACAAAUUGAGCAGAAAGUACUGCGGAUAAUGCAUAAUAUGAUGUAUCCACAAGUAUAUUAUCAUACAGAGUAAUUUCACGGCCCUAAAAAUCUCUUGUGUUUGAACCCUUGGCAACCAUUCACCUUUUGGCUGUCUCUAUAGUUUUGACUUUUCUCAGAAUGUCAUAUUGUUGGAAUCACACAGUAUGUACUUUUCCUACUUGCUUUUUUCACUUAUUAACAUGCAUUUAAGUGUUUUCCAUGUCUUUUUGUGACUUGAUAGCUCUCUUUAUUUUGUUGUUGUGAUAAGAGCAAUUAACAUGAGAUUUACCCUCUUAACAAAUUUUUAAGUAUAUGAUGUAGUAUCUUUGUUUUUAAGUAAAGAGAGAUAAAGGGAUGAAAGAACUCUCAGAAACAGUAACAACAUUUUUAAACUUCUCUGGAGAUGAUGGAAGGUCUGCACUCAUGCUGCUAGUUUUCUUGGUUUUAUUGUUGGAUACAAAGGACUGUUCCUAUUUACUUGUCUUACCAUGUUUAGUGCAAAAGUAGUAGCAAUACUUAAACACUUACCAUGCCUACUCCUAAGCUUCUGUAUGAAAUAUAUAUCCCAGACCAAAGCUUUAUGUCACACUGUACUUGCUGCACAGUGUAAUGUCUUUUUCAUUAAAUUCCUUUUCCUAACAUC